CGUUGCUACUGUGCGUGCUUGGGACGAAUUAAAGCCGUGGAUGCUUCUGGUAGCCGAGAAAACACUCAUAAUUGAGAAUCGGGGAAGAUAGACUCACACAGUGGGGCUUCUAUCAGCGAGAUAGAUUAUUGCGUUUAGUGGCGGAGAGAGAAUCAUAAACCCUAGGAUACGAAACCCUAAUUUUGGUGUCAUUACUUCUACAGAUCAUCGGGAUAUCUAUUGGGUUAGGGUUUCGCCAGCAAUCUCAAGAUGAACAAAUUGGGCAGAGGACAUCGCGACAAGGUUCAACAGUUCAUGACAAUCACUGGGGCAAGUGAAAAAGUUGCUCUUCAAUCCUUGAAGGCCAGUGAUUGGCAUCUUGAUGGAGCAUUUGAUGUGUUCUACAGUCAGCCUCACCCCAAAUCAUUCACAGAUACAAGACACUUAGAGGAAAUGUACAAUAGAUACAAAGAUCCUUAUGCUGAUAUGAUUAUGGCUGAUGGUAUUAGCACCCUAUGCAAUGACCUUCAGGUCGAUCCUCAAGAUAUUGUUAUGUUGGUUGUUUCAUGGCACAUGAAGGCUGCUACCAUGUGUGAGUUCACAAAGCAAGAGUUUGUUGGUGGAUUGCAGUCCCUUGGGAUAGAUUCACUUGACAAGUUCCGUGAACGGAUACCAUUUAUGCGAUCUGAGCUCAAAGAUGACCAAAAAUUCAAGGAGAUUUAUAUUUUUGCAUUUGGCUGGGCAAAGGAGAAGGGUCAAAAGUCUCUGGCAUUGGAUACAGCAAUAGGAAUGUGGCAGUUGUUGUUUGAAGAAAAGGAGUGGCCAUUGGUUGAUCAUUGGUGCCAAUUCUUACAGGCACGCCAUAAUAAAGCUAUUUCUCGUGACACCUGGUCUCAACUGUUGGAAUUUGCAAGAAGUGUGGACCCCACACUGGCGAAUUAUGAUGCUGAAGGUGCUUGGCCAUAUCUAAUUGAUGAAUUUGUAGAGUAUUUGAUAGAGAAUGGCAUAAUUGAAAAGGGUCGAGUUGUGUGAAGUAAGUAAGUCUCAUGUUUUGUUAUUUAUUUAAAUGAUUUAUGAUUUAUGAUUUGAGGAAAAACAUAUUGUCGUAUGUAUAAAACAGAAAGCAAAUAGGGUGGCUUAUUGACAUUCAUGAUUGAACCUUGUGCCAUAUCAUAUUAAAUAUUAUAUGUCAACUGCAUAAAUCACCUUAAUUUAUUUGAAUUUUGGAUUGUU